ACUUAAAGGCGGAUUAACGCUGGCAAGACAUUAAAUCCAACCUCCCUCCAUCCAGACGCAGCGCGCAGCCCAUCAACCUGAUCUGAAGAUCGAAAAUAGGAGGGCUUAUAGUAAUCAGCCCUUCAGACUCCCAUGACAAGGAAAAGUGUGGCAACGUCGUGGGAGCGCUCGGCACACACAGCAGGACGCUCACUGGCGCUGCGCGCUCAGCACAUAACCAACCAGAUAGCGCGCAGAGAGACGGAGAGAGACGGGGACGGCGGCAGCAUCCCGUGACGGAUGCAUUUUUUAGCUAAACUCGGACGCUUUGGAGGCUGACAACACCGAGAGUCAGAGAGAGGAAGCACGGGAAAUAACGCGCUUUUUUUUUGGAGGGAUUUGAAAAGAGUGCCGUUGUGCUCUAGUCUUCUCCGGAUGCUCAGAAAUGGGGGAAUGGACUAUACUAGAGAGGCUCCUGGAGGCUGCUGUCCAGCAGCACUCUACUAUGAUAGGAAGGAUCCUACUAACAGUGGUGGUCAUCUUCCGGAUUCUAAUCGUAGCAAUAGUUGGAGAGACUGUCUAUGAUGACGAGCAGACCAUGUUUGUUUGUAACACCUUGCAGCCGGGCUGCAACCAGGCAUGCUACGACAAGGCAUUCCCCAUUUCACACAUUAGGUAUUGGGUUUUUCAGAUCAUCAUGGUGUGCACGCCGAGCCUUUGUUUCAUCACGUACUCGGUGCACCAGUCGGCCAAGCAGAAGGAGCGGCGCUACUCGACGGUCUAUCUGACGCUCGACAAGGACCAAGACUCGCUGAAGCGCGACGAGAGCAAAAAGAUCAAGAACACCAUUGUUAACGGAGUACUCCAGAACACGGAGAACUCCACCAAAGAAGCCGAGCCGGACUGCUUGGAGGUCAAAGAGAUCCCCAAUUCGGCCAUGAGAACUACAAAGUCCAAAAUGAGGCGGCAGGAGGGCAUCUCCCGGUUUUACAUCAUCCAGGUGGUGUUCAGGAACGCGCUGGAAAUAGGCUUUUUGGUGGGCCAGUAUUUCUUGUACGGAUUCAACGUCCCGUCGGUGUACGAGUGCGACCGCUACCCCUGCAUCAAAGACGUCGAGUGCUACGUCUCCAGACCCACGGAGAAGACCGUGUUCCUGGUGUUCAUGUUCGCGGUCAGCGGGUUCUGCGUGGUGCUGAACCUGGCGGAACUCAAUCACCUGGGGUGGCGGAAAAUCAAGACGGCCGUGCGAGGCGUGCAGGCUCGCCGGAAGUCCAUUUACGAGAUCCGAAACAAGGACUUGCCGAGGAUGAGUGUGCCCAAUUUCGGCCGCACUCAGUCCAGUGACUCUGCGUACGUGUAGUUAGGGGGAAGGAGGAGGAGGAGGAGGAAGAGGAAGAGGAAAAUGUGUAAGAAAAAACAAAAAAAGAAAGAAAAUUAUAAACAUGAUGGACAUGAUGGACAGCUCCGCACGCCUAAAUAUCGUGUCAUGACUUUCAAAGAGUGGGCAGAUUUUUUUUGAUUUGUUGGGUCUUUUAAGGGGGGAGGAGGGGGGGGACUCCCAUCGGCAAGCGUGGGAUCAACACGUUUGUUUACUUAUUUAUUAAUUGCACUGAUGCAACUUUUUAGUAACGUUUAUACUCAACAUGUAAGAUGCGUAAAAAUGGAGACCGUGCUAACGUGUUCACAUAUUUACUCCCUUUGUGGGCUGCUCUGUUGCUACUUGAAGAGAAAGAGAGAGGGAGAGAGAGAUAGAGAGAGAGAGAGAAAGAGAGAGUAAAUGCAAAAAUUUGCACUAAGAGGUGAACACUUGAGGGCCUGACCUUAUCCAAAACGUGCUACUGACCUGAGGGUGUUUUGAAGACAUGUCUUUUUGUUCUCUCCAUCUAUUUUUAUCAUUAUCA